AUGGCACACAAGUUUGACGAUGUUGAAGUUAUGUAUACAAACGCCAACCCUAACUUCCAUGACUGGUGGAUUGAUUUUGGUCCCUCGAAACGAAUUCUCCCUCGAGGGUGGCAGCGAGACCCGGACCGCUUAGCUUUGAAGGAAGACCUUAUAUGGGAAAAAGACGUCGAGAUCCCCAUGCGUGAUGGUGUCAAACUAUACGCUGACAUCUUUCGGCCCGCUAAACUUGAUGGCCAGAAGCUCCCCGCUUUGCUUCCAUGGUCACCAUACGGCAAAACAGGCACAGUAAACAUGUCGCACAUCGGAGUCCCUAAAAGCGCUCUUAGUGGGCUGGAAAAGUUCGAAGCCCCUGAUCCAGCCGAAUGGUGCCCCAGGGGUUAUGUCCUCGUUCAGCCCGAUUCCCGCGGGUGUUAUAAUUCCGAAGGUGACAUGGUUAUGAUGGGAACGCAGGAAGGGCGUGACGGCUACGAUACAAUCGAGUGGAUUGCAAAGCAAGAAUGGAGCAACGAGUCCGUUGCUCUGGUAGGUAAUUCAUGGCUUGCAUUCACGCAGUGGUUCAUUGCAGCUGAACAGCCACCUCACCUGAAGGCAAUCGCUCCAUGGGAAGGUAUCGGGGAUUUCUACAGAGAAAGCAUCUGCCGAGGUGGCAUUCCUAAUUACACGUUUUGGGACCUUCUCACGGACAAGCUGAACGGAAGAAACAAGCGUGAGGACAUCGUUGCAAUGAUUCAAAAGCAUCCGUUAAUGAACAAGUACUGGGAGGACAAGAAGCCGAGACUGCAGGAUAUCAAAGUUCCGAUGUAUGCCUUAGCUAGCUACUCCUCUGGCUUGCACACAGAAGGCUCGAUCCGAGGAUGGAAAUAUUCUAGCUCCUCUGAGAAAUGGCUUCGGAUACAUCCAACUCAAGAGUGGUUCGAUAUCUAUACUCCUGAAGCCAAUGAUGACUUGCAAAGAUUCCUCGAUCAUUAUCUCCUCGGUAGAGAUAAUGGGUGGGAAGUUACCCCCAAGGUUCGAGUCUCCCUUCUUCGAUAUAAUGCCCCAUCUAUUUCUUUCCGAGCUGAGGAUAACUACCCGCCGAACCGAGCGCAAUAUGAGACACUUUAUCUCGACGCUGGUAAUGGAGCUCUACAGUCGGAGGUGGCUUCAACGAACGCUUCUGUCUCCUACAAUUCGACCUCGUGGCAGGACGAUGGCGCCCACUUCACAUAUAAGUUUGAUCGAUAUACAGAGCUUUGUGGCUUCUCCAAAGCAAAGCUCUUCAUGUCAUGCAACGACCUAGAUGAUAUGGACGUCUAUAUUGUUAUCAGAAAACUUGAUGAAGAUGGCAAUGCUCUCAUCAACUACAAUAUCCCCUUCAUCAAUCAAAAGCCUGGUACAAAACCAGCAGACAUUCCUAGUAUCAACCUUUAUAAAUACGUUGGGCCUACAGGGCGACUGCGCGCAUCAAAGCGGGAGACUGCGGAGGAUCCAUACCUGACGGAUGAAAUGCGACUACGUCAGACGCCAACUGAGCUUUGGUAUCCUCACUACAAAUCUGAGAAAAUACCAACGGGUCAGGUUGUCGAGCUCGACAUUGCCAUUUGGCCAGGUGGCAUUGUAUUUGAGGCGGGUGAAUCGCUUCGUUUUGAAGUCAAGGGACACGAGCCGAUAUUUCCUGAGUUUGAGCCACUGCUCCAAACUCAAGAGACCCUGAAUGUUGGAAGACAUAUCGUGCACACGGGACCGAAUUACUGCAGCCAGAUUAUUGUACCAUUGAUUAGAUAUUGA